AUGCCAUUCUCAGAGUCAUGGAAGAAAGUUACUAAAAAGAUUCAAUUCUUUAAUUUAUUUAAUUAUUAUGUAGGAGGAUUUACAAUCAAUAUGUCAACUUAUUUUUGUUGGUUAAUUAUUCCAUUAUUAAUGAAAGAAAAUGGAGCAACACCAUUUGAUAUUGGAUUAGCUGAUGCAAUUACAUUUGGUAUUACAGGAUUAUUAUCACCAUUAAUUGGGUUUGUAGCAAGUAAAGAAUAUUUAUGUCCUGAUACUAUUUGUAGAAUAGGAUUUGUAUUACAAGCAACAUGUUCAAUUAGUAUUGCUAUUUAUUAUAUUUCUGGAACAAUGAUUGUUCCUAUCUUUUUCUUAUUAGUUCAAGAAUCAUUUGCACUUGCAUUCUUUUGGUCUAUUUGUGAAUAUUUAUUAUCAAAUGAAAUUUAUCAAGGAGAAACAAAUCAAAAAAUGUCUUGGUUCUGUUGUUCAUGGUCAUUUGGUAAAGCAAUUGGUUUUGUUCUUGGUGGACCAAUGAGAAGUGCUUUUGGUUAUUCAUUUUCACUCUAUUUCUCUGCACUUAUUGUAAUGGUUGCUUUUGUUGUUUUUCCAAGAAUGCCAAGAAAUAGAUCAACAACUCCAAACAUAGCUAAAAUUGAAAAACAAAAAGCAAAACUUGAAAAGAAGAAAGCAAAGAAAACAGAAAGUCUCACUAAAAAAGGAUUAAGUCCUGAAGAAAUAGAAAUAAAAAUAAAUAAUAUGAAUAAAGAAAAUUUCCUUACUAAACAUCAACCUGUUCCAAAAAGAUAUUUCUUAUAUUAUUUAAAUGAAUUAGUUAUUCAUUUUACUGUUUAUGGAACAGUUGCUGUAUUUGGAAAUCAAUACAUUGAUUUUGCUGAUGAAAACAAUAUUGUAUUAAAUGGUCUUAAUGAUGAUCCUGGAACAUAUUGUUCAUUAUUCCUUGGUAUUGUUUAUUUUUCACAAUCAUUCUGUUUUUGGGUAUUAGGACAAUUCUCUUAUUGGCAAUAUAAACAAAUUCUUAAUAUUAUUGUUCAAAUAUUUAUUGGGGCAAUUUGUCUUGCAUUAAUUUAUCUACGAAAUGGAUGGGUGUUAUGUGUUUUAGCAAUUCCAAUUGGAAUCAUUUCUGGAUACGAUUUACAAUCAAAUGUUUUAUAUUCAAUCAAUGCUGGUCCUAAAAUUAAAGGUGUUAUUCUCGGUAUGAGUGAAUGUGUUGGUGAAUUAACAUGUUGUCUUUGUCCUUUAUUUGCUGGUUUGAUUGCAACACAAACAGAUGAUAGAAAAUGGGCAUUAUGGUUUGGAUUGAUAUUACAAUGUGUUGGAAUUGUGUUAUGUAUUAUUACACAAGCCAUAACCAUCAUUCUGGAACGAUUUGAUAAACAAAAAGAAAGUGAUGAAAUCGAGUUAGGUAAUGAACAUCAAGAAUCUAAUCCAAUUGAAGAUGUCGAUGUUGAUACUAAUUUAGUUCAUCAAAUUGAAAUAGAAGAUGGAAAUGUCUCUGAAUCUUCAGAACUUGAUAAAGAAGAAGACGCUGAUGAAAAGAGUCCUGAAGAGAAUGAAAACGUUCAACCCACUGGUACUCCAGAACAAAAACCUUCUAACGAAUAA